GUAUUCUCAUCAGUUCCUAGAAUUCAAGUGACUGUCAAACAUGGAACCCUCGAUCAAAUGAAGGACGCAAUGAAUGUUUGGAUAGAAAGCAUUUCAAGAAGCCAGUUUGAAGUUUGCUUGCGGGAGUCACGGACAUUUGGUGGAGCUCAUAACGGCCUUGUCGUGGUACAUGUUACUUUAAUUUUGAACGAUUUUAAUCUAUUUUUAAGUGAUUGCAAUAGCCUGAGUACAGUCGCCCCCUCCUCUCAGAAAAGAUCUCCCUCUAUGAUUGCAGUUAGCUCAAAGGGAAUGCGUAGCUGAUUGAUUUGAUUGAUUUGGCAAGUAGGUUGUACUGUUUCAGUGGUAGUCACUGAAAAGGAUUUGAGAAGUUUUAGAUGAUGAGAGAAUAAAUUUCCCUUCCCGAAUUAAUUGUGAAUAGGAUUUUAAUAGUUGGCAUUGUUGUCAAUAAAAUUCUUUCAUUAUUUAAAAAAUAUUAUUAUUAUUAUUAUUAUUAUUAUUAGUUUUUUUAGUUUUUUUUUCUUAGUAAUACUUGUUUUUAAAUUUAUAUAAUUUUUCUUAGUUAAAUUAACUCUUUCUAAGCUAAAUUAAAUGCUUUUUAAAUCGACAGGAAUUGUCAAUAGUGUUUUGAAUGAAUAGUUUUUUUUCCUUCUUUUUCAAGCGAAUUAAUUUUAAAUAGGAUUUUAAUAGUUACCAUUGUUGUCAUUAGUAUUCGAAUAACUUUUCUUCAUUGAAAUGAAUUUUUAUCGGAAUUGGGUGGUUAUUUUAAUCGAAAUGAAUUGUAUAUAAAUAUUAAAGGUUUUGGUUUAUUAUUAUUAUUAUUAUUAUUAUUAUUAUUAUUAUUUAUUCUUUAGAACUGGAUGGCAUACGAAACGUUUCCCUCUUCAUGGGAAGCUAAAGAGUCCUCCCUUUUACUAUUCUCUGAGAACGAGGUCCCGGCUAUUGAAAACAAUUUCGCGUUGUGUAAGGUGAGUGUUAUCACGUGAUCAGCGUAAUAGAGUAGGCGAUAGAAUAAAUGGCGAAGCAAAGGACCCAAUGCUCUGCCUUCACCCUGAGUGGAUAAAAUCCUCCGAGAUUUGCAUAAUUCUUCGUAUCAUACGAAAGCCGAAUGCAAUAUAUAUUUCAUUAUUCAUUCAAAAUAUUUUGAAGUUCCUAACAAGCUUACCUCCUCGUUGACUUUCUUCCGAACUCUGGCUUUUUUUGGCACAGUUUCAGGAUAUAAACAUAGGUUUUUGUCCUGCAGAUAUUUUUUCAGUUAAAAAGUAGAUAACAUCUAUCGAGCAAUUUCUGUGUAUUCUUGCUUUCCUUCCGUUCAGUUUAGUCAGACAUUGGAAACGCUUUUUUUUAGUUCAGUCGUAAAUAAACAGCAGAGAUGCCAACUUUUUAUUUUGCAUUACCCCCCCCCAUAUCAACGAUCAACCCCCCUAUUCCCCCCCCCCCGCCCAAAAGAACAAUUUGAUCCAGACCCUAAUCGGCUUAGGACAUUAUAUGAAGUCUUACAUGAGUUACAGAUCAUCACCAUUCACUUUUAUGGGUGUAAUGGCGAAAUAAUCUUUGUCAGUGAUGUAAUUCCUUCCAAAAUGCCCCAGAAACCGAACUUUGAAUCAAAGCCAAUUCGAAUUUUGGGAGAAAAGGGGAUAAAUUCCAAAGUAAAGCACAGAAAAGCUCAAAACGCGAUUUUAUCCGGGAGAUUUGGUGACCCGUACGGGAGACCGGGAGAUUGUUGUCGUAUCCGGGAGAGUUGGCAUGUAUGAAUCAGUUGGACCGCCGCGCCUGGAAAGGAGGUUGAUCGAUAAUCUAUUGCCCACGCAACCUCGUUUCCAAAUCAAUAUAACACCGAUCAAACUCAUUUCCAAGUCAAUAUACCAUCGAAUCGAUGGUAUAUUGCUCGCAUCUUUCAAAUUUGGCCAACGCCAGUUGAAGUUGUUGACGAAUUAGCAGGGGACUUUGAGCCAAUCAGAAGUGGAGAAAGAGUUUGAAUGAAUAAUAAUGUAUUUUAGCCUCAUUAUCCACUACUUAUUCUCCAUGCUCAGUUCAAUGCGAAGAAGGUGAUCUGUAUUAUUUGUAAUAAUUGGUCCUUAAUAAGAACAGUUCUUGAACAUCUCAAAGUUAAUUUAGAAGUCGUGGUACCAACGCGAGUUAUUUGACCGUAAAUCAUGGCUAUUCUUCUUGUAGAAUGUUACUUUUAAACGCUACCAGUGGUGCUAACCACUGUAACCAACUAUGGAAGUAACCAUUCUAACAGAGCGUGCGCAGUCAAAGGUCCUUUAAUGAGCUGGCUUGAGGUAGGUGACUUUUCUAUUAACCAUACAUUGACUGAUUCAUAUAUAGUAACAAAUGAGAGGGAAGUUUAGCCCCCCCCCCCCCGGGGGGGGGGGGGUUACCCCGGAUUUCAAGUGACGGUUUUGAUUUUAGCAGCCAUUCUAUCAUCCCCGUCGCUUGAAAUCGGGAUAAAUUCCUCUCCCCCUCCCCUUGGGAGUUUAAAACACUUUUUUAUUAUUUAGUGGCUGCGCCUUAUCUGUACGCGACUGCAAGUACUCUAAAACACUCCUACCCUAAAUUUACAAAAGAUCAACAACAGAACAUUGAGUAAAGCAUGUUUACUUUGUUUAUUUCAAAGGAGGUGACUAAAACUCACUUUCGAGUGUGCAUCAAAGACUCUGCGGGAUACGAUGGUCAGAGAAGCGAUGCAGCCGUGGACUACUUGGUUAUCGGAGGUGACAUUAGCUACAAUUUUUUUAUUUCAAUGACUCCCAAAUGUUCCAUUCGUGACACCUCUGAAAAAUACUUCAUCUAAAAAUUAAGUAACCAACGAGUGGAUUUCUUUAGCUGUCCAUUUAGUUACUCCUCGCCCUCCAAGAAAACAGGUUUCUACAACUGAGCCCCCCGUCACUAGUCAUGUAUUGAAACUUUCUCAGAUGUGAUAGAUAAUAAACCGACUGAAUAACGCUGGAUUGUACUCCUUUUCAGUCUUUACCAUAUUACAUCCCAUAGCCAUGCGUGAGCGUGGAAUAUGAUGAAAAAUCACAGACUUUAGACCCAAUACGCUGUCCAGCAUUUUUAAUUUUUUACCCCAGUUCCCAAAUGAGAUUUUUUUUUUAAUUUUUUUUUUAUUAGAUAUUGAUCCAUGUUACAAUGUAAGCUGUAAGUACUACAGUCAUUGCAAAGCCUCUUCUGCACAACAGUAUUCAUGCGUUUGUGAAAGAAGCUGCCCUUCGUAUGAUGAACAGGUGUGCGCUUCCAACGGUCGCACCUUCAACAAUCUGUGCUUGCUAAAGAAAGAGAUUUGUGAAACGCAAGGAAACUACACUCAGUAUCAUCCUGGCAGUUGUACAGGUAUUUGAGUUUAGUCUAAUUUUAAUAACGAAGUUCUUUAUUUAGGUUAGCAUUUGGUGUUGUCUUCGCUUUUUCUUCCAUUCGCUUUCACUUUUUUUUUCUUUCAAUAUUUAUUUUUUAUAUUGGAUUUCCAAUGUAAAAGGGAAGGCAUGAGUUCCAAAACCUUCCAUCGUGGGCAGAGGAUCAGUGUGAGGCCAUUCAAUUUCAGCCAUACAAAUUUUACCCCCACCAGAAAAUCCAUAUUCAGCUCACUGUUAACCACGUCAACUACACUGAUGCUGCAUUUGUACACGAGGCUGUUAUACCUUGGAUUGAAAGUGUCAACAGCACUCAGUUUACCGCCUGUGUCACUCGAACAGGAAGAAACGACUACCCUGCAGAUAGCUUUGCCACUGUUGAUUGGAUCGCCUACCAAGGGGCUCCCCCUGGAGGUGUGGCCGGGGAGGAAAAGUUUUCUCGAUGGUGGACUGGAACUAGUUGUCAGACGGUGACAUUGCCAAACGUAGGUGGACGCAACGGAAAUUAAAAUUUUUAAAAAAAACCUAGAAAGGUUAAGAGACGUUCAGAAGGGACUAAUGUCAUUGGAAAAAUUUGGCUUAUUAUCUGAUUAAUUUUUUGUUGUUACCACCAACCCCUAGGUUACUUUCAAUAGUGAACUGGUGCGUUACCUUUUACGGCAGACGAACCAACAAAUAAAAUUUGUGUAAAAUCGUAUUAACCGUUAGAACUUGCCGAGAUGAAUGAAAUUCCUAGUUUUGGAUUCAAGAUGCCAUCUAAGAUCGGCGGCCAAUCUUGCGAAACGAUCUCAACCCUAUUCGAGUCUUCUUAAAAAGCGGAAUGUAGAACGUAUUUUGUUUGUUCUCAUACAUUCUCUAAAAAAUUCAAAUUCCAACGAAAUGAACUGCCAUAGAGCCUGAACUACCUGCAGUGUGAUAAAUAAUGUUGUAGGGUAAGUGUUCAGAGUUUACAGACAUUUCAAUGCCUGCGCAUGAAAACGUUUCAAAAGUGGUCAUAAUAUUUUUGUUGUUGUUGUUUUUUUUUUUUUCUCAAGGGAAAGUACACUACUUCACCAACCAUAUUCGUAACAGCAGAACAUCACAGAGCACAUCUGAGACACGAUGCAGCCACUGUCUGGCUUGAAAAUGCGUCCGCAAGAUCCUUCAAGAUUUGUAUCCGAGAGCUUCAAAACUUUGCCGGAGUUCAUGACGACAUUUCUGUGGUAAGCUCAUAAUGGAAAUCAUGAGACAACAGAUUGUUCUACACUAAUUUUAAAGUAGAGGAAUAUGGGGACAGUAUAGUGCUGCCUGUCACUAUUGCAUCUUUCGUUAGUGCACCACAUCGUGAGCGACAUCUACUGUGCUGCUUCCGGGGGAUACUCCCUAUAAUAUAAUACGGGAAGGCUAGCUCUCCGCCCGAAAGGGGUACCUUUUCCAGGCUUCUGGUAUAUGAAAGGGUAGGGAAAUAUGUAGACUUUCUAAAAGUCCUCUAUUUUUCUUCUGGUUGGUUCGUCGCUCGCUCGGUCACUGCGCAAUCUGCAUUGAAGCUCGCUUCGCUCAUUUUUAAGGACUUAUAAGAGGUCGACGUGUAGCAAGUCUACGAAAUCUGUCAUUUCGAUCUGUAAAAAGGCCCAAAAGGGCUACCAGAUGCUUUAUGGCUGUGAAAAAGUCGAGAAAGCGUUCUGAUUUUGUAAUUUAUUCAUAUUUAAAAGUAUGACGUUCACAGGGAUACAAAGUUCUAAUCUAGAAACAUUUGUCAAUAAAAAGUACACUCAGACCUCUUUAAUACGGACACCAAUGGGACAGAACCAAUUGUCCGCUUUACAGAGGUGUCCGUAUUAUAGCGGUAGGAAAUGUAUGAUUUUUGGCAUUUCUGAAACCAAACGAACUGUCCUUAAUAGAGAGGUGUCCGUAUUAUAGAGGUGUCCGUAAGGAGAGGUUAGACUGUAUACAAAAAGAGGUACCUUUUUUGUUAAAAAUGGUGAUAUAUAAAGGGGUAAAGGGUUGGACGCUGGGGUGGGGCUCCCCGUACAAACUUUGUUGAGCACCCCUCGGGUGCCUGCUCCCUUCACCCGUCUCUCUCCCUCUCUCCCUCUCUCCACCCACCCCCAGACAUUUUUUAAUUUCUUUUGUUGUUUCAUUGCAGAACUGGCUAGCGUUCGAAUCAAUCCAUAGGCCCCUAUUCUCAGAGCAUAAUGAUGUAAAUUUUCAAAACGGGAAUGUACCCUCGAAAAGCAAUAAUUUCGCUUUCUGCAAGGUAUGUAACUAAUUCCUCCCCGUAGCCAGAAAGCAAGACUACUAACGGGGAUAAGUUUGGGAAAAACAAGUCUUUUCUUCAAAACAAUUCGUGGAGACUCGAGCACUUACAUGUAAACGUUAUAUCCUUUUGUGAUAAUGUUUUGAAUUGAAAACAGGAGAGAGAAUAAAGUUCGAUGUUCAUUCCCUGUAUUCAAACGUUUUUGAGAAAAUACUAAAAGAAACAAUUAAAGUAACUUAAAUGCGAGUAAAGUUUCUCUUUUAUUUCUAUGACAGGACGUGAGUUUCAUACGAAGUUACAACAAUUUUCCAACAGUGCUGCUAACAGCCAAACAUUCUAGCAGUGGAGGAAACGCGGCCCCAGAAUGCAACGGAAUUGUCAGCUGGGUUGAGGUCCAUAUUCUAUAAUUGCUACCACAGGCGGACCAUCGUUCGAGUUAUAGCCUGUGUCAGCCACCACGCUCUGCUUGAUUCAAGUGAUCGGGCAGAAAUACCGCUUGCACCAUUUUGAUAACCCAGUCAAAAGUUGAAAUAAUAUGUAAAAAAAAAAAAAAAAAUGAAAGAAAAAAUGGUGAAUUAUUUUUUCUUACCGUUUGUUUUUAGUACCGUCUUCUGCCUUUUGGUGGCCAGUUUUGAGUCGCUUGAAAUUAGCGCCCCGGAUAACGUUUUUCGUUUUCUUAUGUAUCUUGUCGGGGCGCCAACUUCAAACCAAUGCAAACGACUCAAAACGCCACCUAAACCCAAAAGACCACACUAAAAGCAAAACAUAAGAAAACUUUAUACAUCUUUCUUGAACAUUAUAUCGUCAUUGGGGACCAAAGGGUACAACAUUGUGUAUUUUAUUCUCACAUGAUUUCUCCCGAUCAUUUGAAUCAAUCCGAAAGCGGUCGUUACCAAAUACAGUAAAUCUCUGAGGUUAUACAGUCGACUCCCGACAACUGGAACCCUCGCUAACUCGAACCUCGCCCUAACUCGAACCAAAAUCGAUUUCCCCUGGAUUUCCGUCAUACAUUCACUGUAAUUUUACCCUCGAUAACUCGAACUCCCGCUAACUCGAACCAAUUUUCGUUUCCCCUCAGGUCGUGUUCUAUAUAAUUUUACCCUCAAUAACUCGAACCAUGUUUUGAGCCCUUAAAAGUUGGGAAAAAAGCCGUCUACUGGCGUCCGAAACAUUGAAUUUUGGAUUUCCUAUUGACGUGUUGUAGGAGUAUAGUUUACUAGUGGAGGCUGAUGCUGAUUGUAACAGGCUAACGCGAAGCAGCUUUUCUUCUCAAAACAGUAAAACGCAUGCUCUAUCUAGGCUAUGUUUUGUUACGUUACGUUCUGAUUUAAUCUAGAAGUAUUUUUUUUAAUUUUCACAUGAAAUUUCUACAAUUAAUGUGAUUAAAAUGUUCACUGUGCAGUAAAAACUGUUUUUUACCUUACUCUCGGCUAUUUUCUUCGAACUCCCGAUAACUCGAACCUUUUUCGAUUUCGCUUGAAGGUUCGAGUUAUCGGGAGUCGACUGUAUAUCUCGCAUGGUGACAACACGCUACCUCGAGCACUUCCGAUCAGGUACGGUCUGCUUCCACUGUUACCUUAGACACCUUACAUGUAGAAUAUCGCUACAAGCCAUCGCAUACAUACUUAUAAUACAGACUGAGUAACUAAAUGUAUUACGUAACCAAACAUUAACUACCCGCCCGGUUAGCUCUAUUGGGAAAGCCCUUCAGACUGCUGACUGUGAGUUCGUGCACCCAGUGCAUUGGUGUCUACAAGAGCUUGCUGUCUAUAAAUAAGAGGGGGGGGGGGACGAUUGUCAGCAGACUCGGCUGCUUGCAGUCGCCCUACUGUCUUAAAGAAACGUACUACUCGUGCUCUAAUAAUAAUGAUCUAAUGAGUUGGUCGAGAAGUGAUGCAUUUUCAAUCUCAGUCUCCUUCUGAAUAACAAUCUGCCCUUUUCUUGUCAUGGAAAAAAUACAUUUAUUUAUGAAAACAUUCCUUUCACAAACUUUUAUCUUUUCCUUGACUUUAAGUUUAUCAACAACUCUGGAUUUCGAAUUUGCGUCAAAGAACUCUUUGUUCAGCAGUUUGAUCCACUGACUGUAUCAUAUGCAGUAUUGGCAGGUAAUGAGAUCCAUUGCAUUCAGUAUAACAAUUAAUUACUAAAUAAAAACUACUAUAUUGGCCAAGUAUUACUGACAAAAGCAGCUGUGAAGGUGUACUUUCUUUAGUAAGUUAUGAUGCUUAAUUGUUAUUAGACAGCGAUUGUACCUGACAAUCGAAGUCAAUAUUAAAGAAGAAUCAUCAUGUGAAAGCUAAGACACGGUUAGAGGAAUUAUUUUGAAUUCUUAAUUUGGAAUUAAUGAUUAAAAUGAGGAAAAAAUUUCCCUGGUUUGUGCUUUAAAACAACGAAAAACUGAUACUAUUUGACGUCCUUAAUUGCAAAAAUUUGUCGCCUUAUGGGAAUUAAAAUGAUACUUUCUGCCACUAAUUCGUUUAUUUUGGUAAUUAAACUAAGUGGGGCGCGGUUUGGUCUGAAAUCAUGCGCUUAAUCUUAAAAUGAACGAGCAAGUGAACACGAGUUCGAUUUGAAAUCACAAGACCGUAUGGUUUCAGACCUAAAUUGCACAACACGAGUUUGAAUAACCACCGAUUUUGAAAUCAGGAAAUAUUUGAAUCCUGUAUUUACGGUAUUAAAUUAGAUUAAAUUUAUACAGGAUUUUAGUCGGUACCAAUAUUUAAUUAAACUAAAAUUAACAAAAAUGAUGCGAUUUAGAGCAACAUGCAUGGUGCAAGUUAGAAAUGAUGCGAUUUAGAACCAAAAACGAAGUGGUAUAGAUUGGAACUGCUUUUUUGAACAAAAAUGAUGUGAUUUAGUACAGAUGUGAUUUAAAGUAUGAAAAAUAGUUUGAUUGAUUCGUGAAUAUCUUACACUGCUGAUAGUCAAUCAGACUGAAAGGAUCCAAGGCAAAUUCAAAAUGGAUGUAAUAGAUUCGAUUAUUAUUUUACAGACAUAUGUCCCAACGACUGGACCUACUUUGAAGGAUACUGUUACAGAAAAGUGUCUUCCUGUGAUUCGUGGAGCGGUAGUCAAGGAAAAUGUUCAGUUCUGGGUGCUAAUCUUCCCAGCAUCCACAAUCAGGAAGAAAAUGUCUACGUUCAAAACCUCCAUGGUGGGGAGCAUUCUUGGUUGGGCCUCACUGAUAUCAACUCUGAAGGGACGUUUGUGUGGAGUGAUGGAACUUCUUUUAACUUCCAUUACUGGGCAAGCCACCAACCAAACAACUUCAAAAAUGAAGACUGUGUCCAUACCCUUGGGUUUCUUCCUGGUCAUGAGUACAAGUGGAAUGAUGUCAAUUGCUCUGACUGUCACAAGUUCACUUGCAAAAAGGGUACUCCCUUAACUAUGUAGCAAAUUCGGGAGAAGAACUCAUGCAGAAAUAAAGUUAAGGACAAUUUAAUGCUACUAUAACCAGCCAAGCAAUUCCUGAACAAAACAACUUUAUCGGCCAAAAAUGUUGUGCAGCUGCAAACUGUAAGAAUCGAUUGGAAGCAAAUGACCAAUCAGGUCGAUUUUCAUUUCAGCCAUUAUAGUUCGCAUCUCUGACCUACAGCGUUUGUUAUGUUUCUCCUAAAAUUGAUUGCCUUGAAUUUUUCCGUAUUCCAUUUUUGCUUUCUUUGUCCAUCUUUAUGCGUUUUUCAUAGCCGGAACAGAUCAAGAAAGGACUAAUUGGGGUUUACUUACAGUGUGCAUGCAAAUUCUUUUCUUUUUUCUUUUUUAUUUUUCUUCUAUGGAAUCGGUGUCCCUAGUAUCGAGGAUUCGCGCAACUAAGAUUAUCAUAACAACCACUAUCUAAAGAGUUAGAUUACUUACUGAAAGAUGAUUUCAGAAUCUUUUAUUUUAGUGCUAUAUAUUUUAAAUUGAUUCAAUUCAGAUUAUAACGAGUGCCAAGGCUUUUCCCACGACUGUCCAGAGAACGCCACCUGUGUGAACAAUGAUGGUUCUUACACCUGUCGAUGCCCCUCUGGAUAUCGCCUUAGUAGAAAGAACUGUACAGGUGAGUAGCUUUAAAUACCUUAAAUAUCUAUUAGAUGAAAAUGACAAAACCAGCAAAUUAAGAAACGAUGCAGUUUCAGAAAUUUUGACAUUGUAAAGCAAUUAAGUUUACUAUAAUGAGUAGAGAAUGACAGCACCAUUGAUAUGUUGUUAUAUUAUAAAUGCAGUCUUCCUCAAAGAAGACUUCUCAAUUCUUUUAUCAGAGAUUACAUAUCCGUAGAUAGGCGUGUGACCUAAGUCAACGUUCAGUUAUUGGCAUUUAUUCUAAAAGAAGGUAUUUGAAACAAGGAAACUACAAUUUGUUUGGGUUCCGGAGACUCCUGCGUCAAAUUUUAAUCAGCUGUGAGUUAUAUAUCGCGGUUAAGAGCCGGUCAAGGGACGGUUGUGUUUGUAGCCUCCGAGAACACGUUAGCAAGGGGUUGUCAUGAUGAAUCUUUGAAUGUGAAUAGCUGCUAAAUCGCGCGCUUUCCAGCGGUUCGGUUUCGGUUUAGGAAAAAGACUGUGUUAUCACCAGUUUUGCGACCAUUUUACCUUUCCUUCCGAGUAAAACUACUGCUGUAAAAACACCAUACACUUAAAAAAAACUUAUUGUGCCACGUCUUUGGCAGCGUGGACUCGGAUGCAAAACGUCUUGAGAAAAAUCAUUCCUCAAACCCUUUUCUUAUACAGAUGUGAACGAGUGUCAAACAGGAUCAUACUCUUGCCAUGCUCAGGCUCAGUGUUUCAAUGUUCCUGGCUCCUAUUCUUGCAAAUGUUUACCAGGCUACACCGGUGAUGGAAAAAGCAAAUGUGAAGGUACAUAUUUCCAAAUUCAAUAAAUAUAAAAGACUGCUAUAUUCAUCAAGUCAAUGUAUGUAAGGUACUGGCCAUAAGUAUAGGGGGUGUGCCGGGGACAGAGAGGUGGUGGGUCAUCCAUUUUUGAAUCCUUUGUAAGGGGUGGGUCGAUCAAUUUUCAGCUGACAUUUAGGGGUGCAAAUAUAUAAUCGAUACUAAUGAGACAGUUUGGCCACAGUAAAUAUAGAAAACAAAGCAAUCUGGAAUUAUCGCUUUGAAAAUUAUCUGAAGCAUCUUCUGUCUUUUUUAAGGCAAUUUUAAGGCAAUAAAAUGUAUAAUGUUUGGAUUUUACAUUUCAUUGCUCUUUAACAUUCUCCUAACUUAACGUCUCGGACGUACAAGAAGUGGGAGGGAGCGGGGUGGUUAAACAAACCAGCUACGCGACUGACAAGCCAAGCCAACGACUUCGUAACGCUAAAAGCGAUGCCAGAGAGAAACCUCUGUUAGCAGCGUAAUCAUUAUAUAAACAAGAACGGAGAACUUUUUAUAUUUUAUUUUUUUGCACAUUUUUUUAAUUUUGUUUUGUGAUAGUGAAAAAGGGAGUCACCACUUCCAUCUCAUUUGAUAUGCGUGUUAACUUGUUCAUUUUCUUUUCUCUCUAGCUGGCAGGCUAGGUUUUCCAGUAAUAUUUAACCAGUCCCUAACACAAAUGGUGUCUCCGGAGGAGACGAGAGAAACAUUUUCAUUUAAUUCUACGUGCUCGCCCCAAAGGCAGCCGAAGCUCAUAAUGAGAGUUUAAUAAUUAAUACGUUGCAUCAUUUUUUGUAGUCCUUGAAUGACUGUUAACAUGAAGGAUUUGUAUUUGAGUCCAGGUAAUAAACUCAAGAAUUUAAAUACUCGCUGGAACUUCCAGUAAAAAACGCCUUACCUUGUUUACUUGGUUUGUUUUUGCUUGCUGUGUGGUUAUUUUUCCGAUCCGCUUCAUUAUAUUUAAGAGAUUUCCUUUACCCGAAUUCUUGCGAUCACUCUUGCGUGAAAAUGGCAGAUCGCUUCGCUUCAAGAGAGGACUGCUCCCCUCAUACAACAAGCAAGAACAAACCAAGCAAAUAAGGUAAAGUGUCUUUUAUUGAAAAUUCCAGCUAUCGUUUAUUUUCUUGAAUCUAUUACCGAUUUCCCAUACAAUCCUUCAUGUUUAUCGCUAUUUUGGGGAUUAAGCAAUAUGAUACCAGACGUAUUAGCGUUUUAGCCUGCGUAGCAAGCGUUUGAAAGUGGGCGCAAGAAGCAGGCUAUCUGAGCUUGGGCUGCCUGUGGUCACCCGGGUCACGUAAACUCAAAGUAAAUAUAUCACCGGAUGAGCUAACUGUUUGAACGUGAAUUAAAUGUGAUUUAAAAAUCAAAUUUGCUUUCGCCUUACACUUUUGUGACAGUUCCUACAAUGACGGCGACAAGCUCCUGCUCUAAUCUUCUUAUGCGUGACGCCAGCAAACCAAGUGGUACGAUUUACUCAACUGGUAGCUCUAGCUCCACAUACAGUAGCAAUAUGGAUUGCCGAUGGAAUCUAACUUCGAAUGCAGUGAUUGAACUUUUGUUCUACGAUUUCGCCACCGAAUCGUCGGCAGACUAUGUAAGUGUGUACGAUGGUGACUCGACCUCUGCACCUGUGAUUGGCCGAUUUAGUGGAAGCUCCCUCCCAGCACCUAUCACAAGUUCGUCCACCAAGCUAUAUGUGCGGUUUACGUCUGAUGGCUCUUCGCAGUAUAGAGGAUUUAACGCGCGUUACCGAGGUAUUUUUAUUCGUAGACAAUUUGAAUAGAAAAAGCGCUGUGAUCUUUAUUAGCGGGCUUCCUGGUUAGCAUGAUAAGAACUUCCCAGGCUUACACAUGAAAAAGAAACAAUAAUCUAAGAAUAUUUAGUUUCGGUUCAACCUUGUGGGCGAAAUUAGACUUUGUCUGUAUAUCUAGGUGGAGUUUGAAAACGUUAGCCAAGACACUAUCUCCAAAGUAGCCAAUAUUAAAGCUAGGUGCUCUUUUCUCUUUUCCUCCUUUCUUUCUCCUCGCUCUUGCUAUUCUCAAGUAGAUUAAAGCCUAGGUCUAAUUGGUUUACGUUUGGAAAAUGAUUUAUUGGCUGUUACUUCAGCGCAGAGGAUGGAGGGCAAUCAAAAUUUGGCGCACAUAAAAAAAAAACCUCAUCGGCCUUAACAUAAAGUAUAAAUGUUGUUUUAAUAAGUCACGUGAUAUGUCACGUGACUAAUUUUUUUUCUAACUAGUAACGGGUUUAAGGAGAGAAAUCGAGCAAUAACAUUUUUCUCACUCUUACUAAUAUAAUUAUAUAAUAUCUUAUUAUAUAAACACCAAUUUCUCUACUGGUGUUGAAAGACAUUUCACUCGUUCGCUGUGCUCUCUCGUUAAAUACAUUUCUACCCACGAAGAGAAAUUUCGUAUCUCCUCGCGGCCAUGUAAUAUCCUCUAUAUUUUAAAUGCCCAAAAUUAAUCUUUAAUUCUUAUUUUUGUGAAAAAAAAAUUCAUUUUGUUCUAGGUAUUCUUGCGAGAGAUAUUGCCAAUCAAUCGAAAACAUCUUCGACCCAGACCUUAAACCCUUGAGUUUUUCCUUUCCUUCUCCUUCGUUAGUGUGAUAUUCGGCUUUAUCAGACCCUUUUUGGUCCUUUUCCUGUCAGCUGAUUGCAAAUCUUGCUAUGUUCGUGUCGACCUGAGCGACAAAAUUCCCCCCGAUCUUUGAGCUCACCAGAACGGAAUUUUAGAAAGUGUACGUUAUAACAAAAUAUGGUGUCUAAUAAUAAACCCACUUUACCUUUCAUUUGAACGUUAGCUGUGACAUCCGGUUUAGUUCGUCUCAUGGGCGGCACCUCAUGGGCUGGAAGAGUUGAAGUCUUCUAUGAUGGUCAGUGGGGAACAGUCUGCGAUGAUGCUUGGGACAUAAAUGACGCUAACGUGGUCUGCAGACAGGUGGGUUUCCCGCAGUUAGCUACUAACGCUUGGAGCGGCGCCUAUUAUGGUCAGGGCUCUGGUCCCAUAUGGAUAGAUGACGUGGCCUGCUCUGGUAGCGAAUCACAUAUCUACGAUUGCAGACACCGUGGAUGGGGAAACAAUGAUUGUACACACAGCAGAGAUGCCAGUCUGCAGUGUUCUUAUGGUUCUGUUAACAUUCGUUUGGUGAAUGGUGGUCCUUAUUUUGGCCGAGUUGAAGUUUAUCACAACAGCCAAUGGGGCACAGUCUGUGAUGAUCUCUGGGAUAUCAAUGACGCUCAUGUGGUUUGCCGUCAGCUUGGUUUCCCCAGUGCGUCCUCGGCACCAUGCUGCGCGCGAUAUGGCCAAGGAUCUGGCCCUAUCUGGAUGGAUGACGUCCUGUGCAGUGGAACAGAGGCUUCAUUGUUUGACUGUACACAUAGAGGCUGGGAAAGAGUCAUCUACUGUUACCAUGGUGAAGAUGCAAGCGUGGUCUGUAACACUCAUUAACGAACUGUUCGCGCAUUGGGCCAUGCUUAAUUUGGAUUCAUAGAAAUUCUAAUGUGUAUCAUGCUUAUUAUAUUAACACUGAUUCUAAAAAGUCUAAAAAGCGCUUACGAGUGACAAGAAUUAACUUAGAUGAAUUAUAACAAACGAAGUUGUAUUUCUAAAAAUAUAGCUGUAAGUAAAAUUCCCAGUCUUAUUGGACUACUUUGUUAAGCCCUAAAGGAGCCAUGUCACGACGAUUUUGCUGUUUUAAUUUCAGUUUUUGCCGUAAAAUCAUUACUUAAUGCCUUCACACGUGUAAAGUGAUAAACUGUAGAAUUGUGAAGAAUAUAUUAAACAAAUUUUGUCAAGGAGUACAGAUGAACCAUAAUAACUUUUACAUGUAAUGGUG